AUGAACAUCAAGGGACUCUUCGCGCUCACUGUUGUCGCUCUCGUCGGCAUGGCCAAUACUGAGGCUGCCGUGAGCGAAGACCACGUCGCUCGUGAGCUGCAGGUCGCUGACUUCAGCACGAAGCUGCUAAACGCUGUGAACGCCAAGCGCGCUGAGAAGGGGCUCAAGGCUACCAGCGUUGACGCGGUCGUGGCGACGUGGAUCAAGUCCUUGAGCGCGUACCUGUACGACGACCUCAAGUUCAUCGGCCCGGGCUACGCCUACGACAAGACCAAGGUGUACAAGCACUACUGGGUGCUCGACCUGGCCAACGCUGCCGGUGAGUCGUGCGCUUAA